AUAAAUGUGCAAGAGUUAUUAAAAAAAAAUGACAAGGUAGUUGUUAAAUAUAAACAUGAAUCCAAACAAGUACCUCAUAAUAGCAAAAAACCAAUUGAAAACAAAAAAGAAUCAAUCAGUGAACGUAAUGCAAAUAAGAUUAGUAAUACCAGUCAUUCUAUCCAGAAACAAAAGAAUGUGGUACCAAAACAUAUUGUUGUUUCACCUACAGAUUCUAAAAAAGUUGUUCAUUCAUUCAACCUUCCCAAACAAAACGAUAGAAAUGUAAAACAAUUUGACCCUACAACUGCAACAAAACAGUAUUCUAUGAAAAAACCUGUGGGGAAAAAAACUUCUGUACCGCCUUCUGGCAACAAGCACACUUCAGUACCCAAUCCUGUACUGCAUGGUAAUGUACAGCCUAUUUUAAACACUAUCUCUGCAGUACCUAAAAAGCAGCCUACUAUUACUGUCAAAAACAUUGAAAGUCUUGUAAAUAAAGAGAGUUCUGCAAACAGUAGCAACAAUGUUCCAUCGAAGAAAGAAGCCACACCGAUUACUCCAAACGCUGUGCCAUCCUCUAAGAACGAAGUUCUCAAUGCCUCAAACAGUGACAAGACAAAGUGCAACUGCAUGAGGUAUAUCAAACUCUACUGCUCCAAGUGUGACAUGUCGUCUUUUUACCGCAAAGACCUGACGCAAUGUAUGACGUGCAAGACUCUCUUGAAACUCCAAUGCAGCCAAUGUUUUAAGCGUUAUGCUUACCUCAGCAGCGUCCAUCAGUACUUGCUGCAGUUUACCAAACGUCGGAAUCUGCUCAACGACAACAAAGAUGUAAAAUUCACGUGUUUAAAAAAAAGGUACUACUGGUGCUCCAAGUGUCACUUUAGUUUUCUCAGUAAGGAAAAAUUGGAUCUGCACGUUAACAUUCAUCACCGUGAAGCACCGCCUCAAGUUCCGCCAAAAGUUGAAUCUGUUUCAAACAAGGUAGACAAAUUCUCAUUGUAUCCAAAAUUUGCGGAAGAAGACUACUUCAUCAAGCUUCCCUGUAAAAUAUGUAACGUAGUCACGAACGAUCUUCUGGAAUAUACAUCCGGGAAACCCAAAUGCCGGACCUGUAACCAAGAUAUGCUGUUUGAGUGUGCCCUGUGCUACAAGCCAUAUGUAACUCUGAGGAACGCUCGAAGGCACGUUGUAGAUUGCUUCGUUUGCCUGGAUAUGAUGUCUUGCCAUCACUGCACCUUCAAGACUAGGGAGAAGUCGGUGCUUUUGGCACACAUUAACUUCUACCACAUGCCUGACGAGUGCUCCAACUGCAAAGAAAAAUUUGAAAACGCCCAGGCAUUGGCAGCGCAUAAGGUCAUAGCCAAAUGUUUACCAAAGUGGAGCAAAGCUGAUGCCAAUGCCAAGAUUGUACACUUGACGCCCAAAGAGGUUUCAAAAGUCACUGUAAUAGAAAAGGUCAAUGACAGCUUUACCAAAGUCCAUCCCUAUCUUAUGGACGAUGCAGUAGAGGAGGAGAUGCUGCAGAGUGAUAUGAAAUCUUUUCACUCUGAUCAAAAUUACUUAGUUGUGGAUCGAGACCCAGCAAGUAUAAUACAACAGAUAACUAGCCAAUCUCAGAAAGAAUCAGGUCGAUCGGAUUGGAACUACAUGGUCGACUAUUACUGCCAACAUUGUCAGAGAUACUCGAUGAAGCAAUCCUCGGAUCAGAGGCCGACGUGCCAAAAGUGCAAGCACAAGUACGACUACCGAUGCACCCUGUGCGGGCUCAUGUUCACCGAGUCCAAGGCCAUUUAUCUGCACGUCAAGAACGAGUGCAACCCGAAAAACAAGAUGGUGUGCCAGCUGUGCUCGUUCUACACGACGCGCAAACACAUCCUCUUCACACACAUUAAAACCUACCACACGAUAUACAAAUGCUUGAGGUGCAAUUGCAAUUACGCCGGCUACCGGUGUUUAAUGAACCAUCUGUACAAGUGCACCGCGAAUCAGUCCGUCCUUGGCGACAAGCACGUUGAGAAGCUCAUAGCGAUGUAUUGCACGAAAUGCAACAAAAACAUCAACGCCCGACUGCAAAAAGUGACGGGCAAGCCGAUAUGUCCCACAUGCACGUGUCUCGCGUGUUACCAGUGCCUCAAGUGCAAGAACAUAUACGCGAAUCACAAGUACACUUACAAACACGUCAAAGAACUCUGCCAGCCAAAGUACGCUUGCGCCAUGUGCAAAUUCAAAGCUUACGUCGCCCAAGAUCUCGAGGUCCACGUCAAUUUCAAGCACACCAUUUGGAAGUGCUCGUACUGCGCACUGGAGUUCAAGGACGAGCACACCUUCAAGGUGCACCGGCGCAACGAGCUCAAACAGUGGAAGAAUCAGGACGUCGUCAAAAAGGCUCAGAGCGAAAAUUGAAUUCAUCACCCACGAUAUUAUACGUACCAUUGUAUUUUGUAGUGAUUUUAAAAUUAUUUUACUUGCAAUUACUUUUUUUUUUUUUUUUUUUUAAUUUGUGUACCAUGUCAAAACGAUUGCUUGUGUAUAUUUUAAACGUUUUUGUCGAUGUAACGAUAUUGUUGUUGAUAAUACACCCUAACGAUU